ACGCUGUUUGGGGAGGGCGAGGCCGAAACCUGAUCCUCCAGUCCGGGGGUUCCGUUAAUGUUUAAUCAGAUAGGAUCGUCCGAUGGGGCUCUGGUGGCGUGAUCUGCGGGCUCCAGGCGUCAAGCACCCACACCCUAGAAGGUUUCCGCAGCGGCGUCGAGGCGCUCGUGGUUGCAGGAGGGCGCCGCCGCUCAGUUCAGGGUCCGAGCCUGGAGGAGUGAGCCAGGCAGUGAGACUGUCUCAGGCGGGCUGGGACGUGUCGUUGCAGCGGCGGCUCCCAGCUCCCAGCCAGGAUUCCGCGCGCCCCUUCGCGCGCCCUGAGCCUAAACUCCAGCUCCUGCACAGUCCUCCCCACCGCAAGGCUCAAGGCGCCGCCCGCGUGGACCGUGCACGGCCUCUAGGUCUCCUCAUCAGGACGGCAACCUCUCCCCUGGCCCUGAUGGGUACCGUCAGCUCCAGGCGGUCCUGGUGGCCUCUGCCGCUGCCACUGCUGCUGCUCCUGCUCCUGGGUCCCGCCGGCGCCCGUGCGCAGGAGGACGAGGACGGCGACUACGAGGAGCUGGUGCUAGCCUUGCGUUCCGAGGAGGACGGCCUGGCCGACGCACCCGAGCACGGAGCCACAGCCACCUUCCACCGCUGCGCCAAGGAUCCGUGGAGGCUGCCCGGCACCUACGUGGUGGUGCUGAAGGAGGAGACCCACCACUCGCAGUCAGAGCGCACUGCUCGCCGCCUGCAGGCCCAAGCUGCCCGCCGGGGAUACCUCACCAAGAUCCUGCAUGUCUUCCAUCACCUUCUUCCUGGCUUCCUGGUGAAGAUGAGUGGCGACCUGCUGGAGCUGGCCCUGAAGUUGCCCCAUGUCGACUACAUCGAGGAGGACUCCUCUGUCUUUGCCCAGAGCAUCCCAUGGAACCUGGAGCGAAUUACUCCUGCACGGUACCGGGAGGAUGAAUAUCAGACCCCCAAAGGAGGCAGCCUGGUGGAGGUGUAUCUCCUAGACACCAGCAUACAGAGUGACCACCGGGAAAUCGAGGGCAGGGUCAUGGUCACCGACUUCGAGAGUGUGCCCGAGGAGGACGGGACCCGCUUCCACAGACAAGCCAGCAAGUGUGACAGCCAUGGCACCCACCUGGCAGGGGUGGUCAGCGGCCGGGAUGCCGGCGUGGCCAAGGGCGCUGGCCUGCGUAGCCUGCGCGUGCUCAACUGCCAAGGGAAGGGCACGGUCAGCGGCACCCUCAUAGGCCUGGAGUUUAUUCGGAAAAGCCAGCUGGUCCAGCCCGUGGGGCCACUGGUUGUGCUGCUGCCCCUGGCGGGUGGGUACAGCCGGGUCUUCAACGCCGCCUGCCAGCGCCUCGCGAGGGCUGGGGUCGUGCUGGUCACCGCUGCCGGCAACUUCCGGGACGAUGCCUGCCUCUACUCCCCAGCCUCGGCUCCCGAGGUCAUCACAGUUGGGGCCACCAAUGCCCAGGACCAGCCGGUGACCCUGGGGACUUUGGGGACCAACUUUGGCCGCUGUGUGGACCUCUUUGCCCCAGGGGAGGACAUCAUUGGUGCCUCCAGCGACUGCAGCACCUGCUUUGUGUCACGGAGUGGGACAUCGCAGGCUGCUGCCCACGUGGCUGGCAUUGCAGCCAUGAUGCUGUCUGCCGAGCCGGAGCUCACUCUGGCCGAGUUGAGGCAGAGACUGAUCCACUUCUCUGCCAAAGAUGUCAUCAAUGAGGCCUGGUUCCCUGAGGACCAGCGGGUACUGACCCCCAACCUGGUGGCCGCCCUGCCCCCCAGCACCCACAGGGCAGGUUGGCAGCUGUUUUGCAGGACUGUGUGGUCAGCACACUCGGGGCCUACACGGAUGGCCACAGCCGUAGCCCGCUGCGCCCCAGAUGAGGAGCUGCUGAGCUGCUCCAGUUUCUCCAGGAGUGGGAAGCGGCGGGGCGAGCGCAUCGAGGCCCAAGGGGGCAAGCGGGUCUGCCGGGCCCACAAUGCUUUUGGGGGUGAGGGUGUCUACGCCAUUGCCAGGUGCUGCCUGCUACCCCAGGUCAACUGCAGCGUCCACACAGCUCCACCAGCUGGGGCCAGCAUGGGGACCCGUGUCCACUGCCAUCAGCAGGGCCACGUCCUCACAGGCUGCAGCUCCCACUGGGAGGUGGAGGACCUUGGCACCCACAAGCCGCCUGUGCUGAGGCCACGAGGUCAGCCCAACCAGUGUGUGGGCCACAGGGAGGCCAGCAUCCACGCCUCCUGCUGCCAUGCCCCAGGUCUGGAAUGCAAAGUCAAGGAGCAUGGAAUCCCGGCCCCUCAGGAGCAGGUGAUCGUGGCCUGUGAGGACGGCUGGACCCUGACCGGCUGCAGUGCCCUCCCUGGGACCUCCCAUGUCCUGGGGGCCUACGCCGUAGACAACACGUGUGUGGUCAGGAGCCGGGACGUCAGCACCACAGGCAGCACCAGCGAAGAAGCCGUGGCAGCCGUUGCCAUCUGCUGCCGGAGCCGGCACCUGGUGCAGGCCUCCCAGGAGCUCCAGUGACAGCCCCAUCCCAGGAUGGUGCCUGGGUAGGGUCAGGGGCCGGGGCUGAGCUUUAAAAUGGUUCCAACUUGUCCCUCCCUCAGCCCUCCAUGGCCUAGCCCGAGGGGACGGGGAUGCUUCCACCUUCCUGGAGCUGCUGGCCUGGCCCUUGAGUGGGGCAGGCUCCUUGCCCAGAACUCACUCACUCUGGAUGCCCCCUCCCCUGGUGGAGGUGCCAGGAAGCUCCCUCCCUCACUGUGGGGCAUUUCACCAUUGAAACAGGUUGAGCUGUGCUUGGUGCUGCCAGCUGCUCCCAACAUGCCAACAUCUGUGGGCAGAACGGCUUUUAUUGAGCUCUUGUUCGGUGCCAGGCAUUCAGUCCUCACGUCUCCACCAAGGAGGCAGGAUUCUUCCCAUGGGUAGGGGAGGAGGUGGUAGGGGCGGCAGGGACAAGCAUCAUCAGGGGGCGAGUGUGAAAGAUGCUGAUGGCCCUCAUCUCCAGCUCACUGUGGGGAAGCCCCUUGGGGCUCCCUUGAUUAGUGGAGGCUCAGCUUUCUGGAUGGCAUCUAGCCAGAGGCUGGUGAUCAACGCGUCCCUGGUGGUCAUGGGCUGUGCCUUGGUUUCCUGAGCGACCUUUACUCUGCUCUAUGCCAGGUUGUGCUAACAACACCCAAGGGUGGCCUGCAGGGAGCCGUCACCUAGGACUGACUCUGCAGUGUGCAAUGGUGCACGCACCGUCUCAGCCAACCUGCUGCACUACCCAGCAGACUACACAUUUGCAUCCCUGCUUUACAGGGGAAGCAACCUGGAACCAGAGGAGGCAUGCCUGCCAAGCUCACACAGCAGGAACUGAGCCAGAAACCCAGAUUGGGCUGCCUCUGAAGCCAAGCCUCUUCUUACUUUACCCCGCAGGUAACAGUGAGGCUGGGAAGGGGAACACAGACCAGGAAGCUCAGUGAGUGAUGGUGGAACGAUGCCUGCAGGCACGGAACUUUUCCCGUAUCAUCUAGGCCUGAUUCACUGUGGCCUGAUGGAGAUGCUUCUGAGGGAUGGUGGGAGGAGAGGGACAACUGUCCCUCCUUGAGCACCAGCCCCACCCAAGCAAGCAGACAUUUAUCUUUUGGGUCUGUCCUCUCUGUUGCCUUUUUACAGCCAGCUUUUCUAGACCUGUUUUGCUUUUGUAACUUGAAGAUAUUUAUUCUGGGUUUUGUAGCAUUUUUAUUAAUAUAGUGACUUUUUAAAAUAAAAACAAACUUUGUCCUGAC